UGUGUGACUCCCAACGAAGCGAGGGGCGCGAUCAUGGCCAAGGGGAGCAACAACCUGACCGGGCGACGGUCGCACGGCCCGAAGCCCUACGACGCGAACAACGUGAGUAGCCGCGUUCUGGCGGAGCGCCGCCGAGUCAGGAGCGCCGCCGAUCCCGCCUCGCUCCCAACGGUCCUUCGCGCCUUUCCUCGAAUGGACGGACUCGAGUCGCGGCAUCGUCCCGACCCUUCUCGAAGCCGGCCGAGAAUGCGCCAGGACGAGCCCGGUGAUGUCCGCGCGGGUCGCCCGAGUGACUCGUUUGUAAAGAAGGUGGCGACGAAAGUGACGGACUUCAUACCACAGCGGUCUUGGAUCAGUAAAUGGUUCAACACGUCUCAGGACAACGGAGAUGUAUCAAGUGCAGCGGAUAAUACCGAGGAAUCGGAGCAGGAAGAGGAGGCCGUGCAGAGGCCACCUCCGACAAAACGACCGCGUAUACGUAUGGAUGUGACGCACCCUCCGGGUACAUUUUCAAUUCAACCUAGGAAUAGAAUUGGUCCAAACAACGAGGAUUCUCUUGGCGAACGAUUUCAUCACAAUUCGGGAGAAAAUUUUCUGGAACCUAUGAUAGCAGGGCCCAGUGGUACUAACCGAUUAGUGUCAUCCACACCUGCAAUAAGGACUGACACAAGGAGCGAAAAUGCCCAAAGAACAGAACUUAACUCUUUAGUGUCUUCUCAAAACAAUGGAGCUGCCAAUGGAACAGAUGAUAAUUCAGAAUCGAGCGAGAGUACCAGUGGAUGUAGCUCCCUUAUCCCUCAAACUAAUAGACAGGAGGCUCCAGUAAAUGCUGGAUACAAUAAAUCUUUUGUUAGCAGAAAAAGAUACAUUGAUGACAAAAUGACUUUCACAAACCACUUACAGUCCCCGAGGUCUCUUUUCCUUGACAGCAGUAACCGAGAUUCUUUGAGUAGCCGUAGGCCCAGUUUUGAUGCAUCGAUGAUGAACGCGACGAUGGAUCGUGCCUCGCCUCUUUCAUCUCCAUUUUAUAGCGGCAAUACCACAUUUGGUGGAGCCAAUGCAGCUGGCCUUUAUAAACGCAAUCGCACACUUUUUAAUAAUACCAGUGAGAUAUCGCUAAAAUUGCCCAGAAGAACCAGUGUCCAGGUGAAGCCUUCAAAUGCAUCCGGGAUCGAUUCAUGCGGCAUGAGUCAAACUGCAAAGAGAAUACUGGAGGCCUUGGAACAUUUCUCCUCCCCAGUUUCCGACGCUAAAAAAAUACCAGUCAAGAGUACGAAGAACACGUCUUCUCCCGCUGCUGGUGCAACGAGGUCAAAGGACGAAAUCACUCCAUCGGCUAGAGUAGGUCUUCGACAUUUGGCACGAGAGCUAGUAGUACCGACCGUGCCUGAUUUACUGAAACUCCGAAGACGGCAAAAGAUCCAGGACACCACGGUGGCUGCUAGAAAAAUUAUCUCGGCAAACAGUGGACCACCUCCUAAUCCUGAAGAAUAUCGAUUAAGAUCUGACGACGACGAGAGUUCCAAGUUCCAGGGGAAACUAAAGAAAAAGAGUAACACUAACAUCGAACAGGAAGAUACAGUGGAGACAGUAAAUUUGCCUAGUGUAUCUCUGCCGAUAUCUUCUCUGCCCAACUUUGACAUUGCCCUGCCAGUGCCUUCGAGUCGAGUGGAAGCCCACCGGGAAGAACCCUCAGGGGAUACCUUCCAGUUCGCCAGUCCAAUCAGAGUGACCAGUUCAUCCAGCAAUCUAAAGUCGAUCAAUAACUUCACUUUCAGCAAGCCAUUAACAGUGGAAAACAAGGAGGGUGUGAACGAUUCAAACGAUUCAAAUAAUCUCUCGAAGACAAUGAGCAUGGAUUCCAACUCGUCGAUCUCCUUCCCAUUGGGUCCAAACUUUGUGUGGACAGGCUCUUUUGCGGCGCCUAAGUUGAAGGAGAAGAAGAAGAGAGAAGAGAGCAGUGAGUCAAGCUUCGUUGGAGCAAAAGUAGCCAGCGAAUUGAAAACCGGAAGCGUAAUGGACAUUUUGGGCGGGAAGCAGAGCAGCACGCCAGCUUCGAAGAGUUCUGCAGUUGACGUUGAAAGUGAGCAUACUCUGAUAACCAGUUCCACACCAAUGGGAGGUACAGGUGCAUCGGAGAAACAGGGAGCGACUUCCUCUGAAAUGUGGGAGUGCAGUCAGUGUCUUAUCAGAAACAGCAAUAGCCAACUGCAAUGUAUAGCCUGCAAAACCGCAAAGUCAGACUCGAAGAGCAAGGCUUCAAAUCCAGACUCGAAGAGCACGGUGUCACAGUCUUCGUCGACUAUUAAUGACAACUCCAUGGAGCAUAAAACAUCUAAGGCCUCCAGUGGCUUCGGCAGCUUCGGUGCUCAAUUUAAAAUGUCCAAUGACCUCUGGGAGUGUACCUCUUGUCUUGUCAGAAAUAAACAGGCCGAUGCAAAGUGCGUGGCCUGUGGAGUGGCGAAUUCUAAGAAGCAGCAAGACUCGACGCCUUCGAAGAAUAUGAAGCCAGUGGACUCGAGCCCUACAGGGAAAUUGAAGUCAGUGGAUGGCUCCUGGGAUUGUCCAGGAUGCACUCUGAAGAACACUAGCAUCAUAGCAGCGUGUCCUUGCUGCAACACGCCAAAGCCAAGUUCUGCGAUAACUUCAUUGGACAAGGGCAAUGUUACCUUUGGUUCAGACCUUGGAGCUCAAGGAGCUUCAAAACCUUUGACAACUUCCUCGGAAGGCAGUGAGUUCUCGAGCAUGCUCAAGGCAAAGUACUCGGAGGGUUCCUGGGAGUGCCCCUCGUGUUUGGCAAGGAACGAGAACUUCCAUUCAGCCUGUCCCUGCUGCGACACAGCGAAGCCUGGGGGGCCUGCAUCGAAGAAGACCGAGUCGACCAGCACUGCAGGUUUUGGCGACAAGUUCAAGAAACCUGAAGGCAGCUGGUCCUGCGAUUCGUGCAUGGUGCAGAACAAGGGCGACGUUAUGGAGUGCAUUGCCUGCGGUGGAACCAAGCCAGGAACCCAAAAACCCAAGACGACGAGCACCUCCAGCACCGGUUCGACCUUGACAUUCAACUUCGGUGUUCCUUCUGAUGCCGGCCAGUUUAAAUUUGGCAUUGACAAGGCUGAGAAGCCAGCUACAAAUUCCACAGCGAGUGGAUUCACCUUCGGAGUACAGAACGCGCAGAGCAGCCCAGCAGGUGGGUUCAGCUUUGGCGUUCCGAAGGACAGUGGAACCCCUGUGACUGCUUCGGAGACUACCAGCUCCACAGCUUCGGUCAGUGCAUUUGUUCCGAAGGCUGCGGAGUCUGAACCAGCCUUCAAGUUUGGCACUCCGAUCAAGACAGGAGGCCCAGUCGAGAAGGUUGGUACUCCGAUGUUCUCGUUCACCGUCCCCAAGACGGAGCCACCGAAAUCAUCGACUUCCUCGAAGACAUCCGGUGAGGCACCCUUCUCCUUCGGGGCCCCCACAACGCUAUCGAGCGGUGCACCGACCUUCUCCUUCGGAGUGCCCAAGUCUACUGUGGCCCAGAAAGAGGGGGCCAAAGACCUUCCGCAGGCAGGCACUUUUGGGGUGGCCUCCGCAGAGCCUGCGAAGACGAGUACUCCGGCAGGAGAGUCUUCGUUAUCAGCUACUGCCAGCGUAGCUCUGCCCUCCGCAACGGGGAAGCCAGGUCCAGCGGAUUCCAAGCCACCGAGCAGCCAGACACCGGCGUUCUCCUUCGGGGCGCCCAGCACUUCUACUCCGACGACCACUGCGACGAGUCUUCCCAGUCAGCCCGGUCAGUCGGGCUUCAGUUUCGAGCCGAAGACCACAUCCAUCGGGCAGACCCCUGCGAUCCCCGGUUUCGGGCGACAAUCAAUGACGCCCUCGACUUCCUUCUCUUUCGGGGUGGCCAAACCAACGGUCGAGGCCUCGACCACGGAGAAGAAACCCGUGGCGUCUUUCGGCGGUGCCAACGCUCCUCCGGCGACGUUCAACAGCCCUCCGGCAUCCUCGCUAUUCGGCGGGACCACUUCCAAGUCCGCCUCUACGUUCGGCUCCACCGAGCCAUCGCCGAUGUUCUCCAUCGCCGAGGGCAAGACGCCCACCUUCGGCGCCGUGGACACCAAGAUAGGGCCCAUCUUCGGGAGCACCGAGAACAAGACCCCGAGUUUUGGGUCCACCGAGAAGCCCUCCUUUGGCGCAGCGGAGAAGUCCUCGUUCGGCGCCGCCGAGAAGCCACCGUCGGUCUUCGGGUCGCCGGCUUCGACCUUCGGGGCGACCCCGGCGAACCCUGCGCCGACAUUCGGCUCCUCGACGGGCCCCGUUUUCGGCGGCCCCACCGCCACGGCCACGCCUUUCGGCACCGACGCCUCUUCUAGCAUCUUCUCCGGAACUAAGGCCAGUGAGAGCGCCACUCCUGCACCCUCCACUGGUCUCUUCGGCUUCGGGUCUUCCGGGUCCUCUCAGACCUCGAUUCAGUCCCCCGGCGGGUUCGGGUUCGCCGGGACUUCUAGCGCGACCGGGCCGGCUGCGACCCCGAAACCGCUGUUCUCGUUCAGCGGCACGUCCACCGCCCCGCAGACCGGGAACGCCUUUGGAACCGCUGGGUCUUUUGGGAUCCCGUCCUCUGGGGCGUUCACUUUCAACGCGCCCAAACCUGAGGCUCCGGCCUUUGGGCAGAACCCUGCUACAGCGGCGCCGUCGCUCUUCGGGGCCCAGUCCCCUACACCUCUCGGACAGACCCAACCUGUCCCCUCGUUUGGACAGAGUGGCGGUGCCACUGGUGCCCCCUUUAGCUUCGGCUCGACGGCGCCCUCCACCGGGACAACUGGCGGUUUCAACUUCGCCGCUACGCAGAACCCAACACCGGCCGCGCCGGGAGGGUUCAACUUCAGCGCCACCAAUCCCACGUCAACAGUGUCCUUCGACCCUAACACGAAACCUUCGUUUAAUUUCACCCAAGGCAGCGCACCCACCGCAUUCAACGCCACGCCGCAGCCGGCGGUCCCGAGGAAAAUCAAAAAGGCGGUUAGGCGGAUGCCACCCCGGUAGAGAGAACGGCAGUCGACCGGGAGAAGAGGGAACGACACGCGGGGAUGGUCGGUGUGCGCGAAGAUGGCCCUCGCGUCCGCCACGAACGCGGUGCUUGCGGUAGAGGGGCGCUGUCGGUCCCCGGGGUGUGCGUGAAGAUGCAGUCGUCGCACACCGAUCGAUCGCUCGUGCCCAGAGAGAGGGAGAGAGAGAAAACGAGGGAAACGAGGAGGGAAGCGAGCGAGAGGAAGAUUCGAGCGUUCGGCGCCGCGAGACGUCGACGCGUGUAAUAUACCGAUGUGCUGACGAGGCGCGCUCGAGUGUGCGACCGCUUGUGUUCUACAGGGAAGAACUAUAAAUUAUAAAUUAUUUAAAUUAUACGAAAGGAAAGGAAAGAGAGGGGGGGAGGAAGGGACUCGAGGGCGCGGGUAUUGCCGAGGACGGUCAGGAGGAGGCGAUGCGCACGCGGAGAGAGAAUUUUCGAGCCUCGAACACGGUCGGCCUCGUCAAACGUGUUUUAUGGUAAAAGUCACGUCGAUUCUACGAGUCUCGAUGGCCGGGCAAGCCGGGAGCUACCCGAGGUGGCCACUAGAGGCGCUGCACACCGCGAGCGCACAAUUACCCUUGUUAACUCGGUUUUCUUGGGUAGGAUAUGUAGUAACUGUUUGUAACGCGGUUUAGGUAUUAUGUUACGGGUAAUGACAUGGAUAUUGACAUUGUUUGUAAUGUGUGUACUGAUUUGGUCCACCGAUUUCCGAGGGGUGGGGGGUUUGGUAGUCGGGGACGACGAGGCCGAUCGUACGAGACGAGUAGUUAUCCCGUUGGCCGCCCGAGACACUGGCCGCGCUCCGAGGGACGUUCCUAGGGGUGUGCGAUUGACGAAGUCGACCGACCACCACCCGGAAACUGCCAGGGCGGAGCCUUGCGACAGUGGCGGGCCAGGGAGGCCGCCUCGACGAGGAAGGUGUACAGUCGAGGACAACAGAGAAGAGCGGAGGGCUUAACGGCUAGUACCGGCGAGGUGGUGACACCGUUGCGUCCUGCUCCAGGUAAGUAUAAGUCCGUUCGCGCGGCUCGCCAACUGGUUUUCCAGAAAGAGGAAACGAAGGGGAAAAGGCGAAAAGGAAACCCCAUGCUUCUCAAGGAAGAUAUCUCAUCGCACGAUCCGGGCCAUCGUGACGAAAGGGUUACGGGCGAUUGCGAUCUCUCGUAUUCCUCCACUCUUAUAUAUAACGUCCCUCUCCCUUGUUUUCUUUUUUCUUCUUCAUUUUUUUUUUUCUUUUCUUUUGUAGCGUCAGCGAUUUUCUUGACCAUCAACGGGGUUUUACCUUAUCAGAAAUCAUGCCGCGAGGUUGUGGAGUCCUUAUUUUGUCUCAAGGCAAUCCUUGGACCCGUACGCCCCGGGAUCGAACCUCUGAAGGUUGACAUUCACUUUCAUUUACUCUGUUUAAUUGAUAUUUAUCAGAUACGGGGAAAUUAUGGUAAACCGUCCGUAACCCCUUUUACGGGCGCCCGGUUUUAAAUCUCUUAAGGGAGUGCUUUUUCUUUCUUUUCCUCUCCCAUUCAUUAGUCUCGUUAGUUCCUCUUCUUCCUUUCGAUCUCUAGCAAGACUUUUCCCGGAUUGCUUCUGGAAGGAUCGGGCGUUACCGACCGGGUCCUUGCCGGUCGCCAUUUUGAAAAUGGCGGGUCCGAAAAGGGAGCAAGAGGAAGGGAGGGUUUCCUUUUCAUCCCCGUUGAGCGAGCGACGUCGAACCGACUCUAUAUCAGUGGACUCCCACUCUAUAUAUAUAUAUGCAUAUAUAUAGAGACAUAUUGCUAUUAGAAUUAAAAAAUAAAAAAAAGAAUCUAACGAUUAUAUUUUAGCUAGGCGCGCGAAACGCGGACAGCACUGCGCAAGGCUCGAGCCGACGUACUAUAUUAGUGCUGUCCCCGUGGCGAGAUACACGCAAUUGACACGACAUAUAUACAUUAUAUACACACGUACACCCGUACACCAGCAUACACACGUAGAGUGUACCAUAAACACGCGACAGAGAAGAUACACCCGCGAAUAAUAACAUUAUUAAUAAUAGUAACUCUAGUACUAACGAUAACGACGAGGGAGGAGAACCACAACGCGAAGAGAAAUGAGAAAGGGAGAGAGGGAGAGAGCGGGAGAAGGGAAAAACAAAAAAUGGCAUUCGGCAUAGUACAAACCGCGAGCGGGGGAAAGAGAGAAAGAGAGAGACACACACAAGACACAGAGGCCGAUUACCGUGCGUAUUUCCAUUGUCGUAGUCGAAAUUGUAUAUUUUUUUUAUAUAACGAAGAAAUAAAAAAUCGAGUAAUCCAAGUAAUCCUAUUGAGAGAUCGAAUACUGAAUGCCAUUUUCUUAGGUGUUAAGGAGCCGUAACGUUGCGUGUUUUAUCGUAUAGGUCGAGUGAUAUAAACAUAUACAUAUACAUAUAUAAAUAUAUAUAAACACGCGCGCGCACGCGAGAGAGAGAGCGAGCGGCGAAACGGAGACUGGGGAGCAAUCGAUCCGUCGAUGGAUCGACCGAUCGAUCGCCGCCCCGAGGCGCGGGACUUCUGAAAGGGGCAGUUUUUAAAUUAUAUAAAUACUCUGCACGUGGACGCCGGGAAAAAGAAACGUUUCCCUUUUGCGAGGGCGGCGGUAGUUUUUAAUUCUCGUGUCGCGCCCUCCGACGGGAGCUCGGCGAACUAUAUGGCGCCCAAUUCGCGGCCGUUUUUCCUAAACCUGCGGAUUGUUAGCGAAUGCUAAACGCCAAGGCGGUUCUCGUUCGUUUUUAAUCGAGUCUUAUUUUUAGCUCGCCAACCCUUGGCGGGGCGCCGUUUAUUAUUAUAAUUGCGCAAAGGUACGCCCUCGGUGCCCUAAAUGCGCGUCCUCGUGCAGACACGUGCAAUCCUUGAAGAGUGAUACACAUCGACGACCCUGCGCGCGAUCGGGACAAGUUAUGUAGAGAGGGAGAGAUUAAUCAAAUGUAUAAAAGAGAGCGAACCAAGGGGGGCCGUCGCGCGGUCGGCGGCGGAUCCUUUUCGGGAGUCCCCGGAUAGCGAGACGGAGAGUACAUAGGUAAUUGGAGGUUAUGAAUUAAGAGAGAAAGAGAGAACUAGCGACGCGGCCCUCGGACCGGGAUGGGCGCGCGUCCGCGCGCCGCGUCGCCACCCCCCACCUCCCCAACCACCCCCCCCUAAAUUCCCCACUUAAGGAUCUAGGCUAGUUACGUUAUGUAUGUAAUAAUGUUGGCUUAACGGUUAAAGGAGAGAAGGAAGGAUCGAGGACGGUCGCGCCAGGUUGGGCAGAAUGACGGACGCGAUGGGGAUGUCUCGUUCCUCCAUGGCUGACGUCACACCUUGUGCGGCAUCGUCGACGCGUCGAGGGGACGGAAAUUAUGAAAAUUGCCGCGGUAGCGAUGGAAGGGUCGUGCAGAGUUCUCCAUUUAUUACUUUUUCCUCAAUUCUUCGUCCGCGACGCGCUCUAUAUCGGCCGGCGAUCGAGAAUGGCAGGUUACGUGGUCGGGCCUUCCCCUCCCGCGCUCCGUCGACGGGUGGCGCCGCGCGCGGCCGGCGAUGCGAUUAAUAGGACAGUGGCCAAGAAUAAACUCGAACACAUUAUUCAUUUCCUACGCCAUAUUAGAUAUUACAUAGGUACAAAGGACGAACGCACUGUUACAUAUUGUUGCUCUAUUCGUUGUUGUGUAAUAUUUACGUAGACCUUAGGAGGCAUUUAAGUUCGGAGCUGGAGCGACCCUAAGAGUAUACGUUUACGUUUCUUUUC